AUGUUUCCAAAGGAUAAUCUGGCUGUUACUUGUUGGGUAUGGAGGAGCAUGAGGAAGCUGUUUUUAUUGCUUUCUGUCUUGCUGUCCCUUGUAGCUCAUUUGGAAGGCAAAAAGGAUAAUCAAUUUAUCUGGAAACCAGGUCCCUGGGGAAGGUGUACAGGAGACUGUGGGCCAGGAGGAGUCCAGAGUCGAGCUGUGUGGUGUUUUCACAUUGAAGGGUGGACAAGUCCCUUGUCUAACUGUGAUGAGAGUGACAGGCCUCCAAAGGAAAGAAGUUGUUUCCGAGUCUGUGACUGGCACAGUGACCUCUUCCAUUGGGAGGUUUCUGAUUGGCACCACUGUGUGCUUGUUCCUUAUGCUCAUGGCGAAGGCAAGCCUAGAACUGCAGACUGUGUGACUGCUCAGCACGGGCUGCAGCACCACGUGCGCUGCCUGCAGAAGCUGAAUAGAACCAUGGUUGCAAGUGAAAUCUGUGAACACUUUGCUCCUCAACCCCCCACAGAGCAAGCUUGCCUCAUUCCCUGCCCCCGGGAUUGUGUUGUAUCUGAGUUCUCACCAUGGUCCAAGUGCAGCAAAGGAUGUGAGAAGAAAUUGCAGCAUAGAACUAGGGUGGUCAUUGCACCUCCUCUUUAUGGUGGUUUGCAAUGUCCAAAUCUGACUGAGUCAAGAGCCUGUGAUACUCCCAUUUCCUGUCCUCUUGGGGAAGAGGACUACACCUUCAGCCUUAAAGUCGGAUCAUGGAGUAAAUGUAGACUCCCUCAUCUUAAAGAAAUUAACUUCAAUGGAAGAACUGCUCUGGAUUUUAGCUCUGAUUCAAAGAAGCAAGUGACCUUUAGACAACAAAGUUACAAAGCACAUCACCAUUCCCAGCCCUGGGACACAGAGAUAGGUUACCAAACCCGGCAGGUUUGGUGCACAAGAAGUGAUGGAAAAAAUGCUCUAUUAAGCCUUUGUAUGCAUGACUCCUUCCCAUUGACUGUUCAGCCCUGUGUCAUGCCAAAAGACUGUGAAACCUCUGAGUGGUCCUCUUGGAGUUCCUGCUCCAAGACGUGUCGCUCAGGGAGUUUCUCACCUGGAGUUCGGAGCAGGAGCCGGAAUGUGCAGCACAUUGCUGUUGGGGGUGGACGAGAGUGCUCAGAGCUUCUUGAGAAAGAGGCCUGCAUGGUUGAAGGAGAUCUGCAGCCAUGCCCCAGGUAUUCCUGGAAAACUUCAGAAUGGACUGAAUGCCAAGUCUCUCUCCUCACUGAGCAACAGGACCCCCACUGGCAUGUGACAGAAGCAGUUUGCGGCGGUGGGAUCCAGACCCGGAAGGUGUACUGUGCCCAGAGCCUCCCAGCAGCCACUGCACUAAGGGCCAAGGAAGUCUCCAGACCUGUGAAAAACACAUUAUGUUUGAGACCUGCCCCCUCAGCUUCUCAACUCUGCAAUGUCCCUUGCUCUACAAAUUGCAUAGUAUCUUCCUGGUCAGCCUGGGGUCCAUGCAUCCAUGAAAACUGCCAUGAUCCUCAGGGGACAAAAGGAUUUAGAACAAGGCAGCGCCAUGUCCUCAUGGAAUCCACAGGACCUGCAGGUCAUUGCCCUCAUUUGGUGGAAUCUGUUCCUUGUGAGGAUCCAAUGUGUUAUCAAUGGCUGGCAUCAGAAGGGAUCUGUAUUCCUGAUCAUGGAAAAUGUGGCUUGGGACAUCGAAUCCUGAAGGCUGUCUGUCAGGAUGAGCAAGGAGAAGAUGUAUCAGGGAGUCUCUGCCCAGUACCUCCUCCUCCUGAACGGAUUGCUUGUGAAAUCCCCUGCCGAAUGGAUUGUGUAGUCAGCGAAUGGACAGUGUGGUCAACCUGUUCCCAGUCUUGUUCAAAUAAAAAUUCAGAUGGAAAACAGACCAGGUCAAGAUCUAUCCUGGCUUUGGCUGGAGAAGGUGGAAAACCAUGUCCUCCUAGUCAGGCCCUCCAAGAAUACCGUUUAUGCAAUGACCAUUCCUGUAUGCAGCUCUACUGGGAGACAUCACCUUGGGGUCCCUGUUCUGAAAACACAUUGGUAACUGCCCUUAAUGCAACCAUUGGCUGGAAUGGAGAGGCUACAUGUGGUGUGGGCAUUCAGACAAGGAGGGUCUUCUGUGUCAAGAGUCAUGUGGGACAAGUGAUGAGCAAAAG